AUGUUAACUGUACUUGCCGAUUGUGUUUUGUAUGAACAACCACCUGUUCGUCGACAAAAAUUGGAACAUCUUAUCAUUGAGCAUGUUCAUCAACGAGAUGUUAUUCGUAAUCUGAUAAGAAGCGAUGUUAAUUCACCUCGUGCUUUUGAUUGGCUCAGUCAAAUGCGCUUCUACUUUGAUCCAAAACAAUCUGAUCCUUUACGACAGGUUUCAAUCCAAAUGGCUAAUGCAAAAUUCCAGUACGGUUUUGAAUAUCUGGGUUUGAAUGAUCGCCUUGUUCAAACUCCACUCACUGACCGUUGUUACUUAACUAUGACGCAAGCUCUUGAAGCUCGCCUUGGGGGAUCGCCAUUCGGUCCAGCAGGAACAGGGAAAACUGAGUCAGUAAAGGCUUUGGGAACUCAAUUGGGCCGAUUUGUUCUUGUUUUUAAUUGUGACGAAACAUUUGAUUUCCACGCGAUGGGUCGAAUUUUUGUUGGAUUGUGCCAAGUUGGAGCUUGGGGAUGUUUUGAUGAAUUCAAUCGUUUGGAAGAGCGAAUGCUUUCAGCUGUUUCGCAACAGGUACAAGGUAUUCAAGAGACUCUUCGAGAUAUGGCAAGCUCACAAAAGAACUCUACCAAAGAAUCUGUUACUGUUGAGCUUCUUGGAAAACAAGUUAGUGUUCAUCCUGAUAUGGCUAUAUUUAUCACUAUGAAUCCUGGAUACGCCGGACGUUCUAAUCUACCAGACAAUUUGAAGAAACUUUUCCGUUCAUUAGCUAUGACCCAACCGGAUAGACAGUUGAUUGCACAAGUUAUGCUGUACUCUCAGGGCUUCCGAACAGCGGAAAAAUUAGCUAGCAAGAUUGUCCCUUUUUUCCAACUUUGUGAUGAACAGUUAUCUGCACAAUCACAUUAUGAUUUUGGUUUAAGAGCUCUGAAAUCAGUAUUGGUUUCAGCUGGUCAUGUAAAACGAGAACGUAUUCGAAAAUUAAAAGAAGAUAUUUUGUCACGUGGAGAAACGGUCAAUGAAACAUCAAUCGCAGAGUCUUUGCCUGAACAAGAAAUACUUAUUCAAUCAGUAAUGGAAACAAUGGUACCAAAAUUGGUCGCUGAAGAUAUUCCUUUACUUUAUAGCCUACUUAAUGAUGUCUUCCCUGGAGUUCAUUACUCCCAAUCCGCUAUGGAGAAAUUACGCUGUGAAUUACGUCGUGUUUGUGAGGAAAUGUAUCUCGUCUAUGAUGAAUCUGGUCUUGAUAAUCAGAAUGGUAGUGAUGGUGCUGUACAAUUACCUGGAGGUAAUUCAGGUGCUAGCCUAUGGGUACAGAAAGUUUUACAACUUUAUCAGAUCACAUGCAUACAUCAUGGACUCAUGAUGGUAGGACCGUCAGGUAGUGGGAAAUCUACAGCUUGGCGUGUACUACUGAAAGCUUUAGAACGUGUAGAAGGUGUGGAAGGAGUUGCUCAUGUAAUUGAUCCAAAAUCAAUCAGCAAAGAAUCACUUUACGGCUGUCUUGAUCCCAAUACACGUGAAUGGUCAGAUGGUCUAUUCACUCACAUUCUGAGAAAAAUUAUUGACAGUAUUCGCGGCGAGUCUUUCAAAAGACAAUGGAUUAUUUUUGAUGGUGAUGUCGAUCCAGAAUGGGUAGAAAAUCUCAAUUCAGUUCUGGAUGACAAUAAACUUUUAACACUACCUAAUGGUGAACGUCUUAGCAUUCCACCAAAUGUUCGUAUAAUGUUUGAAGUGCAAGAUUUACGUUAUGCAACACUGGCUACCGUUUCGCGCUGCGGAAUGGUAUGGUUUAGCGAUGAUGUCGUCUCUCCUGAGCUCGUUAUGCAACAUUUCUUGCUUCAGUUACAAAACGUCCGUAUCGACGAAGGCGAGGAAGAGGCUCUUGGUUUCGGCGCUGCUACUGCCACUACUGUUCCCAGUAGCCCUUCAUCUAGCAGACAUCCUAGUCUUAUUGAUGAUACACCACCAACAAAUGUAGCUGUUAGUGCUUCGAUGCAGCUUCAACGAGAUAUUGCUUCAAUAUUAACUCCGUUCUUUGCUGAAGGUGGUUUAGUUGCAAGAUGUUUGGAAUAUGCUAAGGAUCUUGAACACAUAAUGGAUUUUAUGCCUUUGAGAUCAUUAACAAGUCUCUUUUCUAUCCUUAAACAAUGUACACGAAGCAUUUUAGCCUACAAUGUGACUCACCCAGAUUUUCCAAUGUCAUUGGAUAAAGUUGAAUCGUAUGUUACAAAAUGCCUUAUUACAGGUAUAAUUUGGUCUCUUUGUGGGGAUGGGAAAUUACAUGUUCGCGAACAACUUGGCUCAUAUAUUCGUGAAAUUACUACCGUUCCGAUGCCUCCGUCCGGUACACCUGUAAUUGAUUAUGAAGUUGCUUUGUCUGGUGAAUGGCAGCCUUGGGCUCAAAAAGUUCCAGUAAUCGAGAUUGAAACACAUAAAAUAACGUCGAUGGACGUUGUGGUACCGACGCUGGAUACCGUUAGACACGAAGCUUUGUUGUACAUGUGGUUAGCAGAGCAUCGUCCAAUGAUUCUAUGCGGUCCUCCAGGAUCUGGAAAAACCAUGACACUUUUCAGUGCAUUACGUAGCCUACCAGAUAUGGAGGUAGUGGGCCUUAAUUUCUCCAGUGCUACUACUCCAGAAUUGAUGUUAAAAACAUUUGAUCAAUAUUGUGAAUAUCGUAAAACACCAAAUGGUUUAGUAUUGGCACCUGUUCAACUAAAUAAGUGGCUAGUAUUCUUUUGUGAUGAAAUUAACUUGCCUAAUGAAGAUAAAUAUGGUACUCAACGUGUUAUUAGUUUUCUCCGACAAAUGGUUGAACAUGGUGGUUUUUAUCAAACUACAGAUAUGCAGUGGGUAAAAUUUGAACGUAUUCAAUUUGUCGGUGCAUGUAAUCCACCUACUGAUCCCGGUAGGAAACCACUUUCUCAUCGCUUCUUACGUCAUGUUCCCGUUGUAUAUGUUGACUAUCCUGGUGAAACAUCACUAAAGCAAAUAUAUGGGACAUUCAACCGUGCUAUGUUACGCCUUCUUCCUUCUCUUCGUCCACAAGCUGAUUCACUUACAAAUGCUAUGGUUGAAUUUUUCUUGAUGUCUCAAAAACGCUUCACACAAGAUAUGCAACCUCACUAUGUUUACAGCCCUCGUGAAUUAUCACGAUGGGUUAGAGGUAUACAUGAAGCUUUAAAACCUUUAGAUAGUCUCCCAUUAGAAGGUUUGGUGCGGAUAUGGGCUCACGAAGCGUUACGAUUGUUCCAAGAUCGUUUGAUCGAAGAAUCUGAGCGUCAGUGGACUGAUAUGAACAUAGAUGAAGUAGCGAUAAAAUAUUUCCCUACAAUAGACCGUGCGGUAGCCCUCCAACGACCAAUUCUCUUUAGUAACUGGUUAUCCAAGGAUUAUUCAUCAGUGGAGCAAGGACCAUUGCGUGAUUAUAUAAAAGCACGUCUAAAAGUAUUUUAUGAAGAAGAAUUAGAUGUACCUCUGGUAUUGUUUAAUCAAGUUUUAGAUCACGUUCUUCGUAUUGACAGAGUUUUUCGUCAACCACAGGGCCAUUUAUUGCUCAUAGGAGUCAGUGGAGCUGGUAAAACUACUCUGUCGAGGUUUGUUUCAUGGAUAAAUGGAUUAAGCGUAUUCCAAGUUAAAGUGCAUAAUAAAUAUACAGCAGAGAAUUUUGAUGACGAUUUAAGAAAUGUUUUACGCAGAGCUGGUUGUAAAGGUGAAAAGAUUACAUUCAUAAUGGAUGAAUCAAAUGUUUUGGACUCCAGUUUCCUUGAACGUAUUAAUACACUUCUGGCAAAUGGGGAAGUUCCUGGUCUUUUUGAAGGAGAUGAAUUCUCAGCUUUGAUGACACAAUGCAAAGAAGGAGCUAUACGCGAAGGACUCAUGAUCGACAGUCAUGAAGAGUUAUAUAAAUGGUUUACAUCUCAAAUAUGCACUAAUUUACAUGUUGUUUUCACAAUGAAUCCAUCAGCUGAUGGUCUGAAAGAUCGUGCCUCCACAUCUCCUGCACUGUUUAAUCGUUGUGUUCUCAAUUGGUUUGGUGAUUGGUCUUUAGAAGCUUAUUAUCAGGUUGGGAAAGAAUUCACUAUUAAAAUGGACAUGGAACGCCCGGACUAUAAAGUUCCUGAUAUCAUACCCUCUGUUGUUGAAGGGCUUCUUCCUGAAUGUCCCUCAUUCCGUGAAAUGGUUUCAAACGCCUUUGUUUUUGUCCAUCAAACACUGCACGAGGCUAAUCUUCGUCUACAAAAACGAGGUGCUCGUACUAUGUGGAUUACGCCAAGACAUUUCCUUGAUUUUAUUGCACAUUUUGUAAAUUUAAUGCAUGAAAAACGUUCAGAUUUGGAAGAACAACAGUUACAUUUACAUAUUGGAUUGCAAAAAAUCAAAGAAACUGUUGAACAGGUUGAAGUCAUGCAGAAAUCGUUAACACAAAAAAGUUUGGAAUUAGAACAAAUGAAUAAUGCAGCAAAUGAUAAAUUAAAACAAAUGGUUCAAGAUCAACAGGAAGCAGAGAAAAAGAAAACUAUGAGUCAAAGAUUACAAGAAGAAUUGACGAAUCAAGAAUUAUACAUUAAUGAGAAACGUACUUUAGUUAUGAAUGAACUUAGUCAAGUUGAACCGGCUGUUGCAGAAGCUAAACAAGCUGUCGAGGGAAUACGCAAAAGAGAUAUCCAAGAGAUAAGAGCUAUGAAAAAUCCUCCUCCCGUUGUCAAAAUGGCAGUGGAAUCUAUUUGCUUAUUGCUGGGCGAAGCAUCCACUGAUUGGAAUCAAAUUUUGAAAAUUCUUGUGAAAGAUUCAUUCGUUCCCAGCAUUAUCAAUUUUAACACCGAUGAUGUAACUGAUAGUAUCAGAGAUACAAUGAAAAAGAAGUAUAUCAGCAAUCCUGAUUAUAAUUUUGAGAAAGUUAACCGAGCUAGUAGUGCUUGUGGACCAAUGGUGAAAUGGGCUAUAGCUCAGAUAAACUAUGCGGAUAUAUUGAAGAAAGUUGAACCACUUCGAAAUGAAUUGAAAACAUUAGAGGCUGCUGCAACUACAAAUAAAGAGGAGGCGAAAAAUAAUGAAGUUACGAUUGCAGCGUUAGAGAAAAGCAUUGCUAAAUACAAAGAAGAAUACGCAGUUCUAAUCAGUCAAGCUCAAGCGAUUAAGUCAGAUUUGGCUACUGUGGAAGCAAAGGUUGCACGUUCUGUUGCAUUGAUUAAGUCGUUGAGUAACGAACGAGCUCGUUGGGAAAGUAGUUCUGAAACUUUUAAAUCUCAAAUGUCCACUAUAUUCGGUGAUUGUUUACUUUCUGCAGCAUUUAUGGCUUAUGCUGGUUAUUUUGAUCAACAUUUUCGUUCACGCUUAUUUGCCACGUGGUGUCAGCAUUUACAAUCUGUUGGUAUCCAUUUCCGUAAUGAUCUGGCUCUAGUGGAGUACCUAUCCAAUCCAGAUGAACGACUCAGAUGGCAGGCCAAUGCUCUUCCUGAUGAUGAAUUGUGUGUCGAGAAUGCUAUAAUACUACGACGCUUUAAUAGAUAUCCAUUGAUAAUCGAUCCGAGUGGUCAGGCGACUGAGUUUUUGGUAAAUGAAUAUAAAUCCAAGAAGAUUAUGAAAACAUCCUUCCUUGAUGACGCUUUCCGUAAAACUUUGGAAUCUGCCUUAAGAUUCGGUACACCGCUUCUCGUUCAAGAUGUAGAAUCGUACGACUCUAUUUUAAACCCGGUGCUCAAUCGAGAAGUUCGUAGAACCGGUGGCCGAACUCUGAUUACCAUUGGAGAUCAAGACAUUGAUCUAUCACCAACGUUUCGUAUUUUCUUAUCUACAAGAGAUCCCUCUGUCGAUUUCCCUGCUGAUGUUUGUUCUCGUGUGACCUUCGUGAAUUUCACCGUCACACGUGGAAGUUUACAAAGUCAAUGUCUUAAUGCAGCUCUUAAAGCUGAACGUCCUGAUGUGGAUGCGAAAAGAUCAGAUUUAUUAAAAAUGCAAGGAGAAUUUCAACUUAAAUUACGUCAUUUGGAGAAAGAUCUAUUACAGUCGUUAAAUGAAGCCAAGGGCAAUUUGUUAGAUGAUGACAAAAUUAUUACACAUUUGGAGACACUUAAGCAAGAAGCUGGGGAAGUAGCUAAAAAAGUUGAAGAAACUGAUGUUAUCAUGAAAGAAGUCGAAUCUGUAUCACAGCAAUAUGUAGCUCUUGCACAAUCAUGUUCAAGUAUUUAUUUCACUCUACAAGCAAUGAAUCAAGUACAUUUCCUUUAUCAGUACUCAUUACAAUUUCUAUUGGAUAUAUUCAAUUGUGUAUUAACUCAGAAUGUUCGAUUGAAAGAUGUAAAAGAUUGUGCUCAACGUUUACAAAUUAUAACAAAAGAUUUAUUCCAGGUAACUUAUAAUCGUAUUGCAAGGGGAAUGCUAUAUAAAGAUCAAAUUACCUUAUCUGUCUUAUUGGCACGUAUAUUUAUUAAAGGACAAAUCACUGGUAUACCUAAUAUUCAACAAAAUGGACUAGAAUCUGAAUUUACAUGUUUCCUUCAUGGACAAGAAACACUUAAGAAGGGAGGUGAUAAUUCGACUAGUGAUAAUGAUACUUCAUAUUUAGGGAAUAAAGGUCAAUGCUUGAAAGCAAAGCUUAAUGCCUUUAAAAAUCUAGAUAAAUUGAUUUCCCAAAAAAGUGAUAUAUUUAAAUCUUGGUUGGAAAGUGUUUCACCAGAAGCAGAUGUUCCUGAAUUGUGGGAAGCACCCAACUCACCAAAUGAUUGGUUUGGAGUUGUACGUAACCAGCUGUAUAGUCUACUUCUUAUUCAAGCUUUCCGUCCUGAUCGCAUUCUUGCUGCUGCCCAUCUUUUUGUCAUCACAUGUUUUGGACAAAACUUUAUGGAGUCGGCUCGUGGUCAUUUAGAAUUAAUGUCAAUUGUGGAGCAUGAAAUCCGAGCUAAUAUACCAGUUUUAUUGUGUGCUGCACAAGGUUUCGAUCCAAGUGGUCGAGUGGAAGAUCUAGCAAAUGAACACAACAAACAACUAACAAGUAUAGCUAUUGGGUCUGCUGAAGGUUUCUCACAGGCUGAUAAAGCAAUCAAUUCUGCAGCAAAAAGUGGAAAAUGGGUUAUGUUGAAAAAUGUUCAUUUGGCCUCUGGAUGGUUGGUACAAAUGGAGAAGAAGCUUCAUAGUGUACAACCUCAUCCAAACUUCCGACUAUUCCUUACAAUGGAAAUAAAUCCCAAGCUACCCGUAAAUGUACUACGUUCUGGCCGUGUUUUAGUGUUUGAACCGCCACCUGGUAUUAAGGCAAGUCUUUUACGGACAUUUGCUAACGUUCCUGCCAGUCGGAUUUCUCGUGCGCCUGCUGAAAGAGCUCGCCUUUACUUCCUACUCGCUUGGUUUAAUGCUGUGGUACAAGAACGAUUACGUUAUGUUCCUUUAGGUUGGUCUAAACGAUACGAAUUUAAUGAAUCUGAUCUCAAAGUUGCUUGUGAUACCAUUGAUACUUGGGUUGACAUGGCAGCAUUAGGACGUUCGAAUUUAUCACCUGAUAAAGUACCAUGGUCUGCAUUACGUACGUUAUUAGGACAAUGUAUUUAUGGUGGUAAAAUUGAUAAUCUCUUCGAUCAGCGUUUAUUGGAAACUUUCCUCAGUGUUUUGUUUACAGAAUCUAGCUUUGAACACGAUUUCCCUCUUGUUCGGAAUGUCGAUGGACAAGUAGGUAAAAAUAUCGUGACACCAGAUGGCAGUUCACGCGAUGAGCUCUUAUCAUGGAUUUCAAAGUUACCUGAUGUUCAAACUCCUUCUUGGCUUGGUUUACCGAACAAUGCAGAGAAAGUGCUUCUAACUAAUUUAGGAAGUGAAAUGAUUAGUAACCUCUUGAAGCUACAGGAAGCUAUCAGUGAUGAUGACUCAAUUGUUGUAAGCACUGGAUUAGAUCGUAAAAAGUCUGUAGUGGAUACUGACACUCGACCUUUGUGGAUGCGUCAACUUUUAACUAGUGCUACAACUUGGCUUUCGCUUUUACCGGAUGCUUUAAAACCGUUGAUGCGUACACCUGAAAAUUUACGUGAUCCACUUUAUCGAUUUUUUGAAAGGGAAGUUAAUACUGGUUGUAAUCUUUUAACAACAGUUCGAGGAGAUCUUAGUGUUGUUAUUGCUGUAUGUGCUGGUGAACGAAAACCAACAAAUCAUCAUCGGCUUCUGAUGUCUGACUUAACAAAAGGAAUCAUUCCAAAAGAUUGGCGCCGUUACACUUUCCCUGAAGGUCUAACUGUCAUACAAUGGAUAAAUGACUUUGUGUCUCGUUUAAGACAAUUACUAUUAGUAACUGAAACAUCUUCGAAUGGGGUCGCUGGUCUGAGAGAUAUUCAGGUUUGGUUAGGUGGACUUUUUAUGCCUGAAGCUUACAUUACAGCUACUAGACAAUUUGUUGCUCAAUCUAAUGGCUGGGCUCUUGAAGAAUUAUACUUAGAUGUAGAACUUGUAAUCGUAGGAAAAGGUAAGAAACCACCUCAACUUCCUUCAUCAAAUUCUGGAGCGUUUGUUGUUCGAGAUUUAUGGUUAAUGGGUGCAGAACCGUUGAAUGCAACUACAAUUCAAUUAUCAAGUUCCAUUUCAGUUGAACUCCCAGUUACAGUAUUAAAGUGGAUCAAAUUAUCUAAUGAUGAACGAGUUGAACGAUUCUUAGAGAAAGAAGGUAAUGUACGAUUACCAGUUUAUAUGAACGGUUCACGUAAUGUUGUACUAUUCACCUUACAAAUGAUGUCCUCUGAAUCAUCUAAUCGUUUCUACGAACGUGGUGUUGCUUUUCUUGCAUCAUCUCUUGCCUGA